UUGUGAUAGCUGAAAAAAUCCCUUAAAGUAUUUGAGACCCUUACUAGAAAGAAUAAUUUUGAUAUGAAAAUGGAACAACGCCGUGAAGGUAGCACUCAGAAACUACUCAUUCAAGAUUUGUCAUAAGUUAUUCUCAUUUUGAUAUAUUAAGUCCCUCUCAAUUAGUUGAGAACAAAGAGUACUGGAAAUGCAUUUUUACUUGAAAUUUGUGUUCAGUUGAAGUUGUAUAGUUGAGAACUUAGCUCUUAAAAUGCGAAAGGGGAAUAUGAUCGAGACGACAGAAAAACCAUGGGAGAUAGAGCGAUACAAAUUGGUGAUAUUAGGGGACGCAACAGUUGGUAAAUCAUCGAUCGUGGCAAGCUAUACAAUGGGAAAAGAUCUGAGUUAUGUGGAAAGUACACUGGUUGCUUCAUUUACGAGCAUAUAUCUGGACAAGUCUGUUAGGUUCGAUACUUGGGAGGUAGCUGGCCAGGAGCGUUGGCGCGAUUUGGCGCCCAUCUACUACAGAGGUGCUCAGGCUGCUCUCAUAGUCUACGAUGUUCAGAAUCCAGAGAGUUUAAACAUUGCUAAAGGAUGGAUCGAGGAAUUGCGUAAAAAGUUACGCAAAGAUUUGGUCAUUGCUAUAGCUGCCAACAAGGUGGAUUUGUGGAUCGAUGGCUGUAUCGAUUCCCAAGAUGUUCAAAACUAUGCCCUACAAAAUGGUUUCAUAUUCAUGGAGACGUCGGUCAAAACGGGAGAAAAUAUAAGUGCUUUAUUUUCAGCAAUCGGCGAAGAACUGGAAUUAAGACAGAGUAAUAAUCCUCAUAUAAAUUCGAACGAUAAGUGCAUAAUUCAUUAAAAUAUCUAAAUAUACAAGCUACACUGUUAAGCUGAAUAAACAAUUUUUUUAAUAAAAUAAUCAAUUUAUAAUAAUACAAUCAAA